GCUAAUCUAUCCUACAUUCACAAGCUACUUUCUCUUUGCUCUGGCGCGCCUGAACUCACUCGCCCCGCCCACCGCUGUUUCCUAAGCAACAGUAUACAGCCAACAUGUCUGGAAGAGAGAUCCCACGAGAGAGCGGCAAAUCGGCUGAAGAAGACUCAGAGAAAAUAAAGAGAGGAGAAGAAACAGACAAAGAUGAUACUCGGAUCAGUGACAUAAAGAUAUCUUUUCCUCAGUGGGAACCUCUAAAGCAUGACCAAAUGAAUAUCCUCCUCAACCUGCCUGUGGACCAAGUCCAGUUACAGUUUGAGGAUAUACUGAAUUUCAAAAAACACCAAACAUGUUUGAAAGAAGCUGCACAGUUGGAAUAUUUUGUCAGUGGAUUUUGGUGGGCAAAAGAGAUGAACUUCACAUCUCAGCAAAUCUCAUUUAUCAUGGCACUUUUGCAGCAACUACUUGACAGCAUAAAAAACAAACGGGCAUCAUUUGCUGAUAAUUUCAAGGCAUUUUCCCAAACUGUGCUUGCCACUAGAAAGUCCCCAUCAACAGAAGCCAAAGCCAGUUUUUUGUUCAACACAGAUCAAAUCAAAGCCAUCACAGAUUACUUCAAGACCAGUCUUUUCCAGCACUACCAACUAUAUGAAUUACUGUUCAGUCAUAGAAGAGAGGAGCAACUCCUGAAAAUAGAGAAAUGCAUUGAGUUGAUCAACCCAGCUGACUUUGCCGCCCCGUUGGAAGAGGGCAUGCCCACUGAUCUGUACUUCCAUUAUGUGGAUCCCCCACGUGUCCAAACGCCUGAAAAGGGCACGGAAGAAUCUCACGAGGAGAAUAUGGAAGAAGCCGGAAAAGCUGAGCUGGAAGAACGUCCCGAGAAUCACGUGGGCUUCAGCGUGGAAGAUGUUCAAGAGGUGUUGGGGGAAAUGACCCAGGAGAUGUUAGCAAAACUGCAGGCCGACUUCACAGAGAAGCUGCGAGUUCAUGAGGAGACCUACAUCUCGAGGUUAGAACGACUUCAAAAACGCUCUUCCAAAUAGCACUGAUGAGACGCCAAGAGGAUUUCCCAGCGGUAUUUAUUCAUUCAAAUCCUAAAAUAAAACAGAAUAUGGCACUCGCGGUUCAUACAGCCAAAUGCUCUUAAUGUACUGUCAAAUUUAUUCACUUUGGUUUCACUUACGUCCAGCAAAAUUGCUUCAUCAGUUUGUACGAUGUUGAUAAUAGAUUAAAUAAAUGACUUUUUGGUGACAUGCUUGAUUUAUUCAACAAGAUAAAAUGAUGAAUAUGAAAUGCAGGAUCAUAUUCAUGGAAGUCAGAAAGGGAACAGAAUAUCUAAUUAAGUUGUUUGUUGAAGGUUUUUUGUGGCACCUUUCCCAUAAGUCAUUAGCUGUCUGAAAGUAGCCCAGCGCUAUGGCAACGCUGUGUAACUCAGCCUAAAUAGCUGAGUUGCCAUAUAAAGUGAUGUAUUAUUAAAGCUGAAUAGUGACUUUUCCACUGCAUUUGAGAAAACCCUCAUACGACUAUAAAUAUAACCGGCAGUAUGAAAGAAUGCUGAUCAUUUUCUAUCUCCCUUCUCUUAUUUGCCGAGCACGAUUAGUUCACAAAGACAUUCUGAAAUGCCAUUACAGAUUAUUAUUGGUAUUAUAAUAAGGAUGAAUUA